GAUACUGAAAAUGAAAACGAGACUCCUAUUUCUCUUGAUACAGAUCUUAUUGAUCAGGAAACCUUUAACCAACUAUUAGAUAUGGAUGAUGGAGAGGACGAAAAUUUCUUAUUAGACAUACUCGAUGAUUAUUACAAACAAGCUCAGGACACUUUUGCUGACAUGGAAACAGCAUUAAAAAAAAAAAACCUUAAAAAAUUAUCAGACUUAGGCCAUUUUCUAAAAGGGAGUUCUGCUGCGAUGGGUUUAACUAAGGUUAAAGAUUCUUGUGAAAAAAUACAACACUGUGGAAAUAAAAAGGAUGAAUCUGGUAAAAAAGAUAUAACGGAAGAAGAUGCAUUAAUAAGAAUAACUGAUUUGUUAGUACAAGUAAGAGCUGAAUAUGAAUCAGCAGAAGCACAUUUAAAAGGGCUUUAUAAAAAAGGAGAAAAGUCAAAUAAUUAA